AUAUGCUCAGUUUAAGAGAGACAUCCACCUGCUGUUCCCCUGUAUAUAUGAUACAAAACACAUCGCAGCAGAGCUGAAGAAGCCUCUUGCUGAGUUUGGUGUUCUGCAGUCUUCCAUCCUGCAGGAACUCUAUGAUGCUCUCAACAGCCACAAAGGCCGGUUCAUGGUGCUCCACUCCCCGGCUGUAGUCCCUGCAGCAGAGUGUGACAGAUACACCAAUGAGAGCCACCCCCACGAGGCAGGCUAUGACUCGUACAUGGCAGGAUAUGUGUUUAUCCGGAUGUCCCAUCUCCAAACUAUGCAGGGGAUCAGUGCACAGCAGCCUGUUCCCCCCAGGUUCAGAAGGUACCUGGAGGUCAUGAGGAGGUUUCAGGACAAGGUUAACAUCAUUCGGGCAAGCAUCGAUCAUAUAUGCCUGGUAGGAGAGGACCCUGUAUCCAGGAGACCACAGUGGCUGUAUGUCACCCUGGCACCGAGCAGGGCUGCAACUAUCAACUCAGCACAGAUAGCAGAGCUGUUCUCCCCAUACGGGUCUGUAGACAUCCGUCCUCUCGACGGGACCCACUUUCUGGUGGCAGCACACAGCUUCUACUGUGCCAAGGACAUCCUCCGAGCUUACAGAUCCCACAAACUCAUCCAUGUGACGUACUACAACAUGUGGAAACACUCCAGAGCUGUGCAGGUUUUACUGUGGACGAGCAUCAGUGUUUCUAUCUUGGGAAUUGGCUGGACAUUUCUUGGCAAGAGCAGCUGAUUUGGAAUUUUGCAUUUCUGAGAACAAUUCCAAAUACAUGUAGAUCCAAUGUAACAUGCCAUUGGUGUUGGUCAGAUAUACAUAUAGGAAAGAUUCUUUUACCUGCAUUUUGCAAGUAGUGGUAGGAAAUGUCCUUAUUUUUUGUGUACUUAGAAGUCAAUGUUCACCUAGGCUAAUACAUUUA